AUGAAGAUCUCUCUCGCUAUUACUGCAGCUGCAAUUGCUUUCGGCUAUGUUGAUGCAAAAACAUUCUUGUUGCCUAUUCCACAAUCCGUCGAAUGGACCGGAAAUUCUGCUUCUCUUUCCAAGGAUUUCAAGAUCACUGGCGCCAAAAAUCCCCAUGUUAAGGAUGCCGCCAAGCGCUAUAAUAGUCUAAUCCAUCAAGAAAAGUGGGUCCCUGUCCAGGUCCCUUAUACCAAGCAGCCUGCUCUUGGAUCCGCUGGAACUCUCAAGAGUCUUGAAAUCUCGGUCAAAGAUAACUACGCCAAACUAGAUAUCGGUAUUGACGAGUCUUAUACUCUCGAUGUCCCUUCCAAAGGCGGAAAAGCUACUCUUAUAGCUGCCACUUGGGUUGGUGCUAUCCGUGGACUUGAAACCUUUUCACAGCUCGUUGAAUCUGGGAAACAUGAUGGUCUUAUUGCUCAUACUGCCCAUAUUAUUGAUCAUCCUACAUACGGUCACCGUGGUAUUCUGCUUGAUACUGCCCGUAAUUUCUAUCCUGUCAAGGAUAUUCUGCGUACUAUUGAUGCUAUGGCCUUCAAUAAGAUGAACGUCUUGCACUGGCAUGUCACCGAUUCCCAAUCCUGGCCUUUGUACUUCAAGUCUCACCCAGAACUAUCCGAAAAAGGAGCAUAUUCAUCCAAGGAAGUUUAUUCACCAAAAGAUGUCGAGACUAUCAUCCGCUACGGCGAGUCGCGUGGCGUACGCUUGAUUGUAGAACUCGAUAUGCCCGCUCACACUGCCACUAUAGCCGAGUCCCAUCCUGAUUACAUGGCGUGCAUUGGUGAAUGGUGGGGAGACUUUGCUGCCGAGCCACCUGCCGGACAAUUGAAUCCUAUCAAUGAAGGUGCCUGGAAACUUGUUGAAGACCUGAUUAAAGAAGCAACUCAUAUAUUCCCUGAUACUUUAUAUCAUGCUGGUGGAGAUGAAUUGAAUACGGCAUGCUGGCCCAAAGAGAAGACUAUUGUGGCCUACGCUGAGAAACACAAUAUGACUUACAAUGAGAUUUGGUUCGAAUGGGAAAAUAAGCUUCUAGACUUUGUCAAGACUCAGAAAAAGAGAUCUAUUAUUUGGGAAGAUCCUAUUAAGGAUGGUGGAUCAAUGCCUGUUGACACCAUUGUGCAAACCUGGUUAGCCCCUCCCUCAACUUAUACUGCAAAAGGACACGAUGUUAUUGUCUCAAAUUACGCUUACUUUUACCUCGAUUGCGGCCAUGGUGGCUGGGUUGGAGAUGACGAACGAUACAUUAGUCCUACUCAACAGGAAACCCCUGAAGACACUUUCAACUAUGGUGGUGUUGGCGGUAGCUGGUGUUCCCCUUUCAAAACAUGGCAGCGUAUCUAUUCUUAUGACAUGAGCUUUGAAGUUAAAGACAGUCACCCUGGAAAGGUAUUGGGCGGUGAAGCAGCUCUUUGGGCAGAACAGUCCGAUUACCAUGUCGUUGAUGGUCGUCUAUGGCCUCGUGCUUCUGCUGCUGCUGAAAUCUAUUGGUCUGGUAGCUAUGACAACAAAAAUCAACGAAGAACUGUAGAGGAGUUUCAGCCUCGUUUCCUUGAUUGGGUUUACAGACUCCAGAGUCGAGGAAUCAACGCAGAGCCGGUUCAACCCAAGUGGUGUGCCAAGCAUCCCCAGGCUUGCGAUCUUAACAACCCUAAGAAGGUGGCUGCUUAG